AUGCUCUCCACACUCCCCAUCCUCGCCCUCCUCCCCCUCGGCGCCCUCGCCGGAACCAUCCACCCCCGCGGCGCCGCCAACCUCACGCCCUUCCUGGGCCUCGUGCACCGCGACGUCUCGCCUGACAACACUUGCGGGCCCGAAAACGGAGGCUACACCUGCCCCAGCGAACUAGCCUGCUGCUCUCAGUUCGGCUUCUGCGGCGCCACCGACUCGUUCUGCUUGACGACAGAGAACUGCCAGCCGGAUUACUCCAACACCACUGAGGCGUGCUAUGCCCCUGUGCCGGGCGAGACGGUGUCGCCUGAUGGGACGUGUGGGACGACUGGAGAUGGGACGCAGGGGUAUGUUUGUCCUGGGAAUGCGACGGUGACGAGCUGUUGUUCUGUUGCGUGA